CUCUGAUCUGUCUCUUUAAGCGGGGCGGACUGCCUCAACUGCUGCUGGGACGGUUCUCUUCAAACCCCUAGAUAAACUUCUGCUCCACACUAGUUAGACUGCACAAGGCAGGCAGGUUGCAGAGGCUAAAAGUAUUUUCAUCGAGGUUUCCAAAGAGGAAUGAAAGUCAGAUAUUGCGUUGCGCAAAUAGAUAGCUACAGUAGAUAAGGCAGAGUGAAUGGAGCAGGAGCGGGGAUGGAAUAAGACAGGAUGGGAACGGGAGGUGGAGUAUUCUGAAGUCUGUCCUUGAGCGCACAGGACAGAGGCAUCAAUGAAGGCAGAGACAGGAAUCGAAACUUUAAAUGCACGGUUUUCAGGCAAUACUUGAUUCGAUUCGGAGGAGUCUGGAUGUAGGGCAUCUAUCUAGAAUGCUUUCCAACAAACUACGCGGCAGCAGAAGAAAGCUCGAAGGAGAAAGCGUUUGCUGUGAUUUAUGGAGCGGAGUAACGUGUGCAUGUGUUUCUCAUCCAUCUCAAGUGAUAUGGCAGGGAACUGACUGAGGGAGAGAGUUUACACUGAAGAAAUUCAUCUGGGAGCCGUAAAAGGUGCUGAGCUCUGGAACCGAGGAAAGGUUACUCAGGCAACCCAUCAGAAAUGAUACAGCUCAUCUCAUCUCACAUUAAUCUUAGUCUGGACUCUGACACCAGGCACCUUCUGAUUGCAUAUGAACCACUAAAUGCACUCCAUGUCUCUGAACUGAAGUAACAUUCAUCCCUGGACUUGAAUUCAGUUGUCAUGUAUAGAAAUUGAACUUUGAGUUCUGAAGAUGUCACAAUAGAUCUAAAAAAUAAUAUCUCAGUGUGAACAGGUUUUACAUUAAGUCACAGUUUUCCACCGAGGACCAGACUUUGCCCUUUUGGAUGGAUAUUGGAAAUUUCGCAAUCUAAUUAAAUUCCAUGCUGAUACACCUAAUAGCUGUGGCGCCCCUUGCCUUUCUCUCAUGCCCAUGGACCCAUCCAGUGCCAUGCUCUCACAGGCGCUCCUGCUCUUACAGUGCAUUAUUCUGACUCUCGGCCAGUACGAUAUCUGUAAGUCGCUGGUCAGCACAGACGAUGGACCAACAUGGGAAUAUUACGCUUGCCAGCCCAAACCCAUGUCCAUGAAGGAGUACAUGCAGAUUAGAGUGGAGCCUCCCGAUAUCACAUGUGGGAAUCCACCGGAGAGGUUCUGCACUCUGGAAAACCCAUACCUGUGCAGUGACGAAUGCGAUGCCUCCACCAAAGAACUUGCCCAUCCUCCAGAGCUGAUGCAAGACCCUGAGCGAACUGGACUCAUCACGUACUGGCAGACUGUAACAUGGAGUCGUUUUCCUGAGCCUCUUCAGGCCAACAUAUCCUUAUCCUGGAACAAAAGCCUGGAGUUAACAGAUGACAUCCAGAUAACCUUUGAGUAUGGAAGGCCCACAAUAAUGGUGCUGGACAAGUCCCUGAAUUAUGGACGAACCUGGCAGCCUUAUCAGUACUAUGCCGAUGACUGCAUGGACGGCUUCGGGAUGUUGCCAAAGAGGGUGCAGGAUCUGUCGGCCACGAACGUGACUAGAGUCAUAUGUACAGAGCAAUACUCUCGCUGGGUCGGUUCCAAGAAUGAGAAGAAUGUGCGGUUUGAGGUCCGGGAACGCUUUGCCAUAUUCGCUGGGACAAAAUUACAAAACAUGGACAACUUAUACACGCGCAUGGAGAGUAUGAAAGGCCUGCGAGACUUUUUCACCUUCACAAACCUACGCCUUCGGCUGCUGAGACCGGCGCUUGGAGGAACAUACGUACAAAGAGACAACCUUCUCAAGUACUUUUACGCCAUCUCCAAUAUCGACAUACCAGCAAGAUGUAAGUGUAACCUCCACGCCGGUCAGUGCUCCCUCCGUGACGGGACCCUUCAGUGCGACUGCGAGCACAACACCACUGGACAAGACUGUUCGGCAUGCGAGAGAGGAUUCAAAGCAAAGUCCUGGAAGCCUGGCUCAUUCCUGCCCACCCCAAACGGCUCCCCAAACAUUUGUGAGGCGUCGGGAACGUCUGACAACUGUGAGUGCAACGGUCACUCAAAUCGCUGCAGUUACAUUGAUUUCAUCAACAUUGUGACUUGUGUGAGCUGCAAACACAACACUAGAGGGCAGAACUGUCAGCACUGCCGCCUCGGAUACUUCCGGAAUGCUUCCGCUGAGCUGGACGAUGAGAAUGUUUGCAUAGAAUGUAACUGUAAUCAGCUGGGCUCUCUACACGCCCGGUGCAAUGACACAGGCUUCUGCCAGUGUAGAGAGGGCACCACGGGCCAGAAGUGUGAGGACUGCCUGUCUGGAUAUACCUGGAAGCAAGGAUGCAUGCCAAACGUGUGCGAUGACGAGUUCCUCCUGUGUCAGAACGGUGGCUCCUGUAUCCAGAACCAGAAGUGCAUGUGUCCACCCAGCUUUAGGGGUGUUUUGUGCGAGCAGCCACGCUGCCAGGGUGAGAAAGGGUGCGAUGGCGCAUCAGCCUGCUACCUCAGCACACUGACGCUGCUGCUCUGCCUUCUAGCCAACAGCCUGCUUAAAGCCAGCCGCCUAGAAACCCAUCUUAGUUCUGAUAUCAAUUCUAGUCUACGCAGGCCAAAGGGCUGA